AUGACCACCAAGGACACAUCGGAACCUUUGAUUCAGGAACUUACCACGCCUAAUGGUCAUACUUACUAUCAGCCCCUGGGAUUAUUCAUCGACAACGAGUUUGUAUCGGCGUCAACGACCACGCCCAUUACUGCAAUUGAUCCCGCGACCGAAAAAACAAUUGCGAAUGUCCAAUCAGCGACGUCAGAUGAUGUCGACCGAGCGGUGCAAUGUGCGAAAAGAGCCUUGCACUGCGAUUCGUGGAAACAGAUUUCGGGCACAGAGCGAGGAAAUCUUAUAGCCAAACUAGCCUCUCUUAUGGAUGAGAAGAAGGAACUUCUGGCAUCUGUUGUAUCAUGGGAAAAUGGCGCAGGCUUGCCCUACACUUCCGCUUUAGAGGAAGAUGUCACAGGCUCAAUCGAGACGAUCCGAUACUUUGGUGGAUGGGCCGAUAAAAUCAACGGUCAAAUCAUUACCCCCUCGCCACAGAAGCUCGCAUACACGAUUCGCCAGCCCAUUGGCGUCGUCGGGCAGAUUAUACCUUGGAACAGCCCCCUGAUGAUGGCUGGCUGGAAGCUUGGCCCUGCCCUCGCCUGCGGAAACACAGUGGUACUAAAAGCGGCAGAACAAACGCCCCUGAGUAUCCUUCUGCUUGCUCAACUCAUUGAACAGGCAGGGUUCCCUCCUGGGGUUGUGAACCUGAUCAAUGGUCGGGGCGAAGAAGCCGGGUCAGCACUAGUGCAGCAUCCACUAGUCGACAAAAUCGCCUUUACCGGAUCCACCACGACUGCUCAGACGAUAAUGUCUCUGGCCUCUAAGACAUUGAAGAAUAUAACUCUUGAAACCGGUGGCAAGUCCCCGUUUCUUGUGUUUCCCGAUGCUGACAUGGACCAAGCUGUAAAGUGGGCGCACUUGGGGAUUAUGGCAUAUUCGGGUCAGAUAUGCACUUCCACAAGCCGCAUCCUGGUUCACCGAGACAUAUAUCAUGCAUUUGUGGCGCGAUUCCAACAGGCUGUGAAUGAACGCUCCAUAGUUGGGGGCCAAUGGGACAAGGACUCCUUCCAGGGCCCGCAGGUUUCCAAGGCGCAAUUUGACCGCGUUAUUUCGUACAUUGAGAAAGGAAAGAAUGAAGGCGCAAAGCUACUCACGGGUGGCUCGGCGUGUCCUAUUAACGGCAAGGGUUACUACGUCCAGCCGACCGUUUUUGUUGACGUCACGCCGUCCAUGACUAUCUACCGGGAGGAAAUCUUUGGCCCAGUGGUAGUCAUUUGUUCCUUCAAGGAUGAAAAAGACGCCAUUUCGCAGGCCAACGAUACCAUAUAUGGACUGGGAGCCUCUGUGUUUACAUGUGAUUUGGAAAGAGCCCACCGCGUGUCGGCAGAGAUCGAAGCCGGUACGGUUUGGGUCAACAGUAGCCAAGACUGCGAUUUCCGCAUUCCUUUUGGGGGCGUAAAACAAAGCGGUAUUGGUCGCGAGUUGGGUGAGGAAGGAUUGGAGGCGUACAGUCAAGUCAAGGCCGUCCAUAUCAAUAUGGGAACAAGGUUGUAG